AUGAUCAAUGAAAUUAAAAUUGAUUGCGAAUAUACACCAAUAAAAUAUGGCCCAAUGGCGACUCUGGCACAAUCGUUGGCAACUAUAGCACAGAGUUGUCUGUCAAUCGGAUUGGGUAUGGAAUUAGCAAUACCGGCAAUCGUUAUUAGUCACUUGUAUGGAAAUGAUAAGAGUGAUUUCUCAAUAUCACUAACCGAGGCGUCUUGGUACGGGAGUAUAUUAUUUAUAUUCCACCCAUUUGGAUGUUUUCUGUCGGGAGUGCUACAAGAGAGAUUUGGAAAGAAACGUUGCAUGAUUUUUGCAAACGUUCCCAGCAUUGUCGGAUGGACUUUGCUGUACUUUGCUCACUCGUCGCCUUUUCUCUACGCAUCUGCGCUUUUUAUGGGAUUCAGCAUAGGCGUCGGAGCUGGUGCAGUACACGCCUACAUCGGUGAAAUAACAGAACCAAGACUCAGAGGAUCUAUGUCAUCGAUAUCGAAUUCAGCAUCUUUGUUUGGAUCGCUGUUGGGAUUCAUUUUGGGUUCAUUGUUUGACUGGCGUACUGUUGCACUGUUGAGCACACUUUGUCCUAUAAUUUGUGUAUCACUAAUCAUUUUUAUCCCGGAGUCUCCCAUUUGGUUAAUCGCCAAAGGCAAAAACGAUAAAGCCGAAAAGGCCAUAUGUUGGCUAAGAGGAUGGGUGGACCCUGAAAUCGUUAAGCCCGAAUUAAUUACACUGUUCCAUUAUAUCGAAGUAUCUGGAACUAUUGGAAAUGAAGGUAGCAAUUUUCGAGCCAACGAUGAUAAUAGUUUGUUGUCGAAAUUAGCCCUAUUCAAGGAACCAUCGGUUUAUAAACCUUUGAAAUUAAUAUUGAUUUAUUUUUUCACAUCUUACUCAGUUAACCUUAGUCCAGGCAAACCGUUCAUUGGUAAAAUAAUGACAGAAGUCGGUUUACGGGAUUACCAAAGUAUAUAUUUGAUUAUUUUUUCCGUUGUGCAAACGAUUGGGAGUGUGAUAUUGAUCUUAACUAUACGUCGUUUCCGGAAAAGAUUUUUGACAUUAGUAACGAUAUCGAUAAACUCUGCUUUGUUGCUAUUAUUUAGCGUAUACAUCAUCGCCAUGAAAAACAAUUAUAUUGAAUCGACGCAAUGGAUUCCUUUGAUAAUAAUCUGUGGUAUCUACUUUUCUGGGGGUUGUGGUGCAGCAUGCAUACCCUGGAUGUUAAUUGGUGAAGUGUUCCCGAACAAAAGUAGAGGAAUUGCUACUGGCGUAUGUGCAGGAAUGGCAUAUUUACUUUUGUUCACAUUAACAAAAUCGUACCUAACAGUUGAAAUGAUUUUAAGUAUUGAGUACACUAUGCUUCUAUUUGGUUGUAUUGGUAUUUUUGGAUUAAUUUAUUUUUACAAUUAUUUGCCAGAAACAGAAAAUAAAACGUUAUUAGAAAUUGAAGAAUUUUUCGCAUCCAAUUCAAAGGCUCAAAGAUAA